AGGCGGUACUGGAGGGAGGCGGUGUCCAGGGACCCUCGGUCUUAAUAUAAAGCACUGGGUGGGCACUGACCAGCUUCAUUCCAAGGUCCAGAAGCGAGAUGGUGACCCGGGAUCGAGCAGAGAACAGGGAUAGUCCCAAGAUGCUUAAGCCACUAGUGGAGAAGCGGCGCCGGGAUCGCAUCAAUCGGAGCCUAGAGGAGCUUAGACUGCUGUUACUGGAGAGGACACGGGACCAGAAUCUCCGGAACCCGAAGGUGGAGAAAGCUGAGAUCCUGGAGUUCGCCGUAGGCUACUUGAGGGACCGGAGCCGGGCCGAGCCCCCGGGCACCCCCCGAUCCCCCACCCAGGACUCCGAGGCGUUGACCAGCUGCUACCUGUCCGGCUUCCGCGAGUGCCUCCUCCGCCUGGCAGCCUACGUCCACGAAGCCAGCCCGGCAGCCCGAGCCCAGCUCCUCUCCACCCUCCACAGCUACCUCCGGCCCAAGCUGAGCCGGCCCGAGACCGGCGCUGGGGAGCCCCGUUGCCCGCCUCCUCUCCCCACGCUGGACCCCGCCGCCCUGCCGCCAAACUCGAUGCCUACCCCUGCCCACCACCACCCUCUCCUGCCCCCCACCAGCCCCAGCUCCUCCUGGUCCCCGACGCUCAGCAGGACCUGGCCGAGGAACCUGGGCUCACGGGCGCCCCACACAGGACUGCGCCCGCCUCAGAGACAAGAGAGGGCACCACCGGGCAGCAAGUCCCCUCCUGCCCCGCCACCCGCCUUCUGGAGACCUUGGCCCUGAGCUUUUUGGGGAGAGGGGCAGGGCGAUGGGGGCCAGGGGUGGGGCCGGGAGUAGAGGGGUGCGGGAAAGUGGUGGGAAGGGUAGGGCGAGAGAGAGAAGGAGAGACAGAAAGAGAAAAGACUCCGUUUUCAAGGGCGAGGGAGGGGUUCGUGUCUAGGUGCAUCCAUCCUUCUCUGGACCCAGGCAUCCAGGGGCGUGAAGGCGAGCUGCCUGGGGAGAGGAGGCGCAGGGUGGGGAGAGGGCGGAGAGGGAUAGUGGGUGCUGUGGUUGUCUUGAGAUUCUUGUUUAUAUAUAUAUUAUAUAUAUAGUAUCUAUAUAAAUAUAUAUUUCCCCUUCGUCCCUCUCUUUCCCGUUCCUCUUCUCCCCAUCAACCCCUCCAAGUCCCAAGGUUGAGUCUUUUCCACCGCUUCUCCUCCGCCCGCCCGGCCCUCGCCCUCCCGGUCCCCCUAGUGCAUAGAAUAAAGAGGUGAUCGACUCCCUUUCUCCCGACGUCCUUUCCCCUCGGCCUUCCCCCCCCCCCCCCUCUCCCCCGGCCGGGUGGCGCUGCGAGCUGACAGGUAAGUAAAGAGAGAGAUAAAGCUGCACGGAGAAACCCGGAGAUGGAGAAAGGACGGGCGGGAGGAGAGCGGAGGGGAAGAUGGGAGGGAGUAGGAGAACAUAUUAAUAGGCCUCCAGGUUCCUCACCCUCCCUGCCUGUCAAAGACCAAAGGGAAAAGAGGGGGGAAAAAACAAAGCGACUCUGGUGGGAUUCGAACCCACAACCUUUGAAUUGCUUUCUCGUCACUAGAAGUCCAAUGCGCUAUCCAUUGCGCCACAGAGCCACCUGCCGAGCCUCUGCAGCUCGCGCCCUACAGCCGCCACCAUCGCCACCUAUGGGACAGUGGGCAAGAGGGAGGGAAAGAGACCUCGAAGGAAGAAGGAAGAGGGGAAACAAGAGAGGAAGGGGGUGGGCGGAGCAGAGUCCAACUUGAGCGGGGGCGGCGACCUAAGAAGGCGCGCGUGUGUGUGUGUGUGUGUGUGUGUGUGUGUGUGUGUGUGGUUUCUGUAUCCCUUUGUGUCGGUGUAGGUGGUGUGUGUCCGUGUGUAGGUGAUGUGUUAGUGUAGGGUGUCUGUGUGUGUGUUGGUGUGUGUGUAGGAUGUGUGUGGUGUCUGCGCACGUCUGCGUGUGUCUGCUUGUAGUGUGAGGUGUGCGUGAGUCUGCGCACGUCUGCCUGUCUGCGUGGCUACGUGUGUCUGUGAGCAGGUCUGCGUGUAUCUGUCUGUCUGAACACGUCCGUCUGUCGGUUGGUCGGUCGCGGGUGUAGACGACGUUGGCGUGGGAAGCUGUCGCGCUCUGGGUCUCCAGGAUUCUCCCGGCUCCCCAGUCCUCCCCGCGGCGACGCAGGCACGCUGGGGUGGUGUCUUCCUGUGUCUCCUCCCCGGGGCCGUGUGCGGUAUAACCCCUUCCUCCAGUUUAUCUCUUUGCG